CUUUCUCAGUGGUGAGAAGAUGUAUGAAAAUCCCUACUGGACAGGAGUAUGCUGCAAAAAUCAUCAACACCAAGAAGCUAUCUGCCAGGGACCAUCAGAAACUGGAAAGGGAAGCUAGAAUCUGCCGUCUUCUGAAGCACCCCAAUAUUGUGCGACUUCAUGACAGCAUAUCAGAAGAGGGCUUCCAUUACUUGGUGUUUGAUCUAGUCACUGGAGGGGAGCUGUUUGAAGACAUAGUGGCGAGAGAAUAUUACAGUGAAGCUGACGCCAGUCAUUGUAUACAGCAGAUUCUAGAAAGUGUAAAUCAUUGUCACCUAAAUGGCAUAGUGCACAGAGACCUGAAGCCUGAGAAUUUGCUUUUAGCUAGCAAGUCCAAGGGAGCAGCCGUGAAACUGGCAGACUUCGGCCUGGCCAUUGAAGUUCAAGGGGACCAGCAGGCGUGGUUUGGUUUCGCUGGCACGCCCGGCUACCUCUCUCCGGAAGUGCUACGGAAAGACCCUUACGGGAAGCCGGUGGACAUGUGGGCAUGUGGUGUCAUUCUCUACAUCCUUCUGGUGGGGUACCCGCCCUUCUGGGAUGAGGACCAGCACAGACUCUACCAGCAGAUCAAGGCCGGAGCCUAUGACUUUCCAUCACCGGAGUGGGACACAGUGACUCCUGAGGCCAAAGAUCUCAUCAACAAGAUGCUCACCAUCAACCCUGCCAAGCGGAUCACAGCCUCCGAGGCCCUGAAGCACCCAUGGAUCUGCCAACGGUCCACGGUGGCUUCCAUGAUGCACAGACAGGAGACGGUCGACUGCUUGAAGAAGUUCAACGCCAGGAGAAAACUGAAGGGCGCCAUCUUGACGACCAUGCUUGCCACCAGGAACUUCUCAGCAGCCAAGAGUUUGCUGAAGAAACCAGAUGGAGUAAAGAAAAGGAAGUCCAGUUCGAGUGUUCAGAUGACGAUAAACAACAAAGCCAACGUGGUAACUAGUCCCAAAGAGACUGCCCCUCCCCCGGCGCUGGAGCCCCAAACCACUGUAAUCCACCACCCUGACGGAAACAAGGAGUCGACUGAGAGUUCCAACACGACAAUCGAGGACGAAGAUGUAAAAGCACGGAAGCAGGAGAUCAUCAAAGUCACUGAGCAGCUGAUCGAAGCCAUCAACAACGGGGACUUCGAGGCGUACACAAAAAUCUGUGACCCAGGCCUCACUGCUUUUGAACCUGAAGCUUUGGGAAAUUUAGUGGAAGGGAUGGACUUUCAUCGAUUCUACUUUGAAAAUGCUUUGUCCAAGAGCAACAAGCCAAUCCACACCAUCAUCCUGAACCCCCACGUCCAUCUAGUGGGGGACGAUGCCGCCUGCAUCGCGUACAUCCGGCUCACGCAGUACAUGGAUGGCAGCGGGAUGCCGAAAACCAUGCAGUCAGAAGAGACACGCGUGUGGCACCGCCGGGACGGCAAGUGGCAGAACGUGCACUUUCAUCGCUCGGGGUCGCCAACCGUCCCCAUCAAGCCCUCCUGUAUUCCAAAUGGGAAGGAAAACUUCUCAGGAAGCACCUCUUUGUGGCAAAACAUCUAAAGCACGAAAACCCUUCCCAUGUGGGUCUUCUAAAUGCGGACAGUGCCACCUCUGCGUCGUCUCCGGGCGCCUGGACGGGAACCUGGGCCCCUCUCCAUGCCUGUGUGAGUGCAUGAAGGCGCGAAGGUCCUGUGUGUGCAUAUGUGACGCAGCGUCUUGUCAUCUGUUCCUUCUGUACAUCGUUUACACUUCAGCUGUGGGGGUGUUCCAUGCAAACCAAGGGGGGCCAGACAAAAAUUCCACCCUACUCCAAGUACAACCUGUUCAUCAAGUUUCUUUUUGCCAAGAUUUAACAGACUUCACCAUUACUGUUCUCCCAAGAACAGUGUGUAAGAGAAAUGUAACUUUUUAAAAACUCUUUGAUGUUAAUCUGUUUUUGCUUGUUUCACAAAAAAGGGCAAAAAAAUACCUUCAGUUUCCUGGUGUGAUCCUGGUUGAAAUGGGCGGUUUUUCACUGAAGGCUUUGUUGCUGUUCAGCAAUGGAAGAGGGUGCACGUGUGGGUGUGGAAGCGGGAACCGGGGGGCUGUCUGCCGUCGGGUCAGGCUGGCAGCUGGCACGGUCAGGUCAUGUCCGCAGCUGGUCAGUCUGGUGGAUUCGCUGGGCUGAAAUUUUUGUUCCUUUCUCAAAGCUGCUGUUUUCUUCAUUUUAUCUCGUUCCCUACCCUUUUCCUUUUGUUUAGUAGUGAGUGAGAUCUGCAUAAUGAAGGUAAAAUAAAAACCGAGGCCUUUCAGAGGGAGCCAGCCUACAGUUUCGAUCGUCUUCAGGGCCCACAAAAAUGGUGUCAAGAUUUGAAAGGCUUUCGGUUUGCUUAGGCUGGAGCUUGGCCGCGUGGCCCGGGCAGGACGGCCGGCAGUGCACGCCUCCCGCGGCUGGUUCUCUGAGGCGCAGAGGACACCCGCUUUCCAUGCUCAGACGUGCUUUGAACGUGGUCGCUGCGACUUGUGCUUUUUAGCUUCUCUUUUUGUCAGGGUGACACAUCUUCCUGCAAGGAGUUAGGAUGCUCGUUUCAAAAAUAAGACAAGGGAACACUCCCAUUUUCUCCGUGCUGCUCGCCCCACCCUGUGGUGCAUGGACCCUCCCCCCGCGUUAUUUUACCAGUUACCGUAGAGAUUCGCAACCUCAGAAGCCUGUCUGUAAAGCAAGAAACAACGAAAACAGCCCUUUUUUCUCUCAUUUCAUCCUUCUGUGUUGAUUACUAAUCACCUUAGAUAUUGUUGCUAGUGGAUGUACGGUAGACGGAUUGAAGCUUUUCUGAUAAUUAUUACAUGAUUUAAAACAAUAUAUAUAUUUAAAAUAAAUAAAUACAGUAAAUGUAUUGAGCCAUGUUAACCUGCCAAUGAGAUCUGUGAAGUAAUGGCCUCAUUUUCCCUUUUUACUUUGUUACCUUUUUGUGAAACGGCUAUACGUGGCAUACAUGUAUUUUAAAAACAUAGGUAUGAAGUGGUUUUUUUUACACUUUUAACGUAGCACGUGGUGUUGACGUUUCACUGUAUGUAGCUCACGUCUUCUCCGCACUAGGACGCCAGGAAAUUGUGCUUUGUUCUCCACCACGAUCGGGUUUCACAUUUAUUACCUUCUAUCAUUUUGAAACACUGCAGUUUACCAUGGGACACUGUAUAUAUUUCUUGCCAUAAUGGUAAAUGACUGAUUGAUAUAUUUAAGAGUUAAUAAAUUUGUGAUUUCUGCUGACA